GAGUGUCACGAAUUACCCGUAAUACAGAAGAGUUAUGGUUCAUUUACGCUUUCAUACUGAGUGAAUCAAGUGCUAAGAUAUCCGUAUUUAUGAUUUGAACUUCAUAGUACCAAAGAAUCUGCUUUUUACGAAAUUUAAUUUUCGAUUCCCGAAAUUAAGUGACCUGUUGACGUGUGGACCUGAUUUUAAUUUAUAUAGUGGGGGAAAAAAAAAGAGCGAGUGGCUGGACAAUAUACAUACAAUGCCUGAAACACGCAGCAAAAAGCGAGGACGUUCAGAUGUCGACGAAAAAAGCGACGCAGAGGACGGGGCAUCGACAUCGCUAACUGACGCAGAAGCCGUUCGUGACGCUGAAGUAAAGUGGCGACGGGUCCCUCCUGAUGGGGGAUGGGGCUGGAUGGUCACUCUCGGCGGUGCUGUCAGUGCGAUGUUGAUACCUAUGCUGAGUCCUUGCUUCGGAAUUCUGUUCUCGCCGCCCUUGCUGGCGUCCGGAGCCAGCACGUCGACUAUUGCAAUCAUCUUCAACACAUUCAUGGUGAUGUGGAAGGUCACCGGAACUUUAGUAGGAUCUCUAGCGAAAGAAUUCGGAUAUCGCAAGGUCGCCAUGACAGGGAAUCUGAUCGUGGCUUGUUCGAUGGUCGCCUGUGCCUUUUCCACGUCGCCAAGAUAUAUUCUCAUUUUCUUUUCGUUGUGCUGUGGAUUUGGGGCAGGCCUGUCCAGCGCUCGUUUCCUCAUCUUGGCUCAGUACUUUGACAAGCGCCGUGGACUCGCCAACGCUUGUUUGACGGCCGGUGUUGGCGUCGGCUACUUCCUCAACCCACUCUUCAUACGCUUCUUGCAAGAUGAAUACAGCUACAAAGGCGCCACUCUAAUCAUCGGGGCUUUCAUUCUCCAUGGGGUCGCUGCGGCUGCACUCUACCAUCCCGUCGGGUGGCACAUGAAGGCUGUGCGAGAGGACACUCAGUCUCAAGAAAAAGGCGAGGAGCCUCUGAUGCCUGCCAGUGCAAGCGAAGAAAGCGGGGAUUUAGAGGAGGUUCCCCUUAAAAAUGUUGAAAACAAAGAUCCUCAUGGACUGCAGACGCCGACUGAGUUGCGCUUGAAGAACAGGGAGCGACACGACAGUCUGACUUCCCAGACCUCCGAGGACUCAGUCAGAUACCAUUCGCAGGCGUUUACUCUCUCAGCCCUGGACAUCAGCAGUGUCGCGUCUUUGCCCAUUCCUCAAGCCGAAGAACCAGAGCAGGAUAAGAGCUCGCUGCCAGAUUCGGAAUCGCGCAUUUGUGCUGUGUACCACACAAUCAUUCGGGUUCUGCGUUCUGUCGUUAAGGACAUUAGCAUCUUGAGGUCACCCGUAGCAGUGAUCAUUGGCCUGUCGGCGACCUUUUGCGCGAGCGGACACACCAACUUCACCAUGGUGGUUCCGUUUGCACUGCAGGCGGUGGGCCACUCCCCGGAAACUGCUGCCUGGAGCAUUUCCACGGCGGGAAUCGUCAACCUGGUGGUGAGGACGAGCGUCUCGGUGAUGUCGGACAAGAAAUGGUUCAAUAUGCGGCUCUGGUACAUGGUUAGCAUCGCUAACCUUGCGCUUUCCAUUUUCUUGUUCCCCUUCAUGACGGACUUCGUCGGCAUAACGGUCGUGAUGUCACUGAUGGGCUUGGGCGUCGGAGGCUUCCAGGGCAUGCACAACCUGCUGAUGGCGAGGACGAUCGGUCUGGAGAGACUUACCUCCAUGUUCAGCACGACGAGCCUCUUGGUAGGAAUUGGCUCCAUGUCCAUCGGCCCUUUUGUAGGCUGGAUUCGUGAUAUCACCGGCAGCUACGCGAUCAGCAUACGAGUGUUGAGCUGCAUCAUCUUCAGCAGUUUUAUAAUGUGGCUCUUCAUGCCCGCCGCCCAAGCCUGCGAGAGACGUAAGAAGGAGUGGCAGCCUGAUGGACCUAAGAGCCCAUUAUAACCUUUAGCGUCUUCAAUAAUGAAUUCAUUAUAAUUGUUUUCGUAACACAUUUGAGGGAACAUUCGAUGUAUAAAAGUGUCACAAGAUUAAAAUGCCUUUAGCGUAUGUA